AUGGCGAAAAAACGCAGAUCAACUAUAUCGAAGGGUCUCUCGGGCCCGCGCGAGCUUAACCCCGAAGACGCAAAGAUGGCAGCCUUCAAUACAUGGGAGGACAUUCCAGACGAGGAAGACGAGUUCCACAUCUCGCGUGACAAGGUCCUCCUCGAGGGCGAGAAUGUGGGCCGCCGCAAGGCCGACGAGUACGGCGAGGUCAGCGACGAGGAGGUGCUGGCGCUGGAUAACUACAUGGACGAUUCUGAGGGCGAAUCUGGAAACUCCGAGGGCUCUGACACCUCCGAGGAUGAAGAGGAAGAGGAGGAGGAGGAGAAGGCUCCGAAGAGUAAAAUCAAGGGAUCAUCCAAGAAGCAGCAGCAGCAGGAAGACACAGACGACUCCGACGCCGCCCCCACAGACGACGAAGACGAAGAUGCAGAGGGAUGGGGCACGUCAAAGAAGGACUACUACGGCGGCGACACCAUCGCCACGGAGCAGGACGCCGCGCUGGAGGCCGCCGAGGCACUCCAUCUGCAGGCGAAGCAUGCCGCGGCGCUCACGGAGGCUGAUUAUGGCUUUGACGAAGCCGACUGGGCGGCGCCGGAGGCCAAGAAGGAGCUCGUCGUCGGGCAGAGCCUCGUCGUCACGGAGGAACUGCCGACGGCGGUUCCCGAAGACAUGAGUGCGGAGGAGCGCACCAAGCUGCUGGAGGCGCGGCACCCGGAGUUCCGGCUGCUUGCGGAGGAGUUUGUGGAGCUGCGGGCGCUGCACGGGGCGCUGGGGCUGAGCGCGGCGGCGGCGGAGGCGGUGGGCGAGACGGUGAGGAGCUCGGUGGCGGUGGUCAAGUUCCGCGCGCUGAGUGCGUAUUUGGGCGUGCUGAGUAUGUAUUUUGCGGUGCUGAGUAGUCCCGAGACGGUGCAGACGCAGGGGGCGAGGUUGAGGGAGCAUGGCGUGAUGGAGGGGCUGGUGAAGUGUAGGAAGAUGUGGGAGGCCGUGAAGGAUCUGGAGGUGGAGGCAAUUAGGAGUGAGGGCGGGGAGAGGAAGAGGAAGAGUGCGGUGGCGGCUGCGGGUGCGGCGGAGAAGAAGGUACAGAAGGCGGAGAAGAAGAAGGAGCCGAAGAGGAAGAGGGCAAAGCUCUCGCCCGCAUUCUCCGACUCCGAAGGCGACUCCGACUCUGCGCCUACCGCAAAGGCAGCCAGCAGCAGCAAGAAGACCAAAAAGCCCGCCCCCGUCUCCGACCUCUCGGACCUCACCGCCCUCGCCACAUCCUUCCGCCCUACAGCAACAACCAAGAAGGCCUCCAAAAAGACCCCCGAGACGACAUCCACCUCCACAGCGGGCGCCCACGACACAACCGACUUUGGCGACGACAGCACCCUCGGCGCCCUCGACGCCGAGCAGAAGGCCGCCCGCCGCCGGAACCUCCGCUUCUACACCUCGCAGAUCGUGUCCAAGUCGGCCAAGCGCGACGCCGCAGGCCAGUCCGCCGGCGGCGACACAGACCUGCCGCACCGCGAGCGCAGGAAGGAGAAGGAGCUGCGCAUGGCCGCUGAGGCUGCGCGCCGCCGAAAUGAUGGUGCGGAUCUGAGUGAUGGGGAUCCGGAUGAGGAGGAUGUGCGUGUGGCGAGGCAGAUGAGGGAGCAGCAGGAGGAGGGGGGGAGUGAUAAUGAGUAUUAUGAUAUGCUGGCGGGCAAGGCGCGGCAGAAGAAGGCGCAGAAGCAGGCGUGGCAUGAGGCGGAGAAGGUGGGUGGGGAGGUGAGGGUGGUGGAGGAGGUGGCGGCGGAUGGGAAGAGGGCGGUUGGGUAUGUGAUUGAGAAGAAUAAGGGGCUGACGCCGCAUCGGAAGAAGGAUGUGAGGAAUCCGAGGGUGAAGAAGAGGAAGAAGUAUGAGGCGGCGAAGAAGAAGUUGGGGAGUAAGAAGGCGGUGUAUAAGGGCGGGCUGCAGGGGAGCUAUGGUGGUGAGAUGACGGGUAUUAAGAAGAACUUGGUUAAGAGUGUCAAGUUUAAGUAA